GCGCAACACGGGGAUGGGCUGACUGUGUGACGUUAGCGAGGAGAGCGACUCCUAGCAACGGGCUACUAACUGCGAGCGCUGACAGGCGGCGGAAGGUCGGCUGGCGAUACGUGGAGUUUGUGUUUCGUUAGCCUGCGGUCUUGUGUCUUGAGACUUAAGCAAACGAGCUGCCACGUUGUUGUAUGUCAGCAUUUCAGGUGACGUUUCGAAAGGGAAGCUUGGCCUGUCAUCCACGGCUCGCUGGUGAGCAGCGAUGAUGGUUCCCCCCGCAGACCCUCGGCAGGUUGCUCCAGGGAACUCCGCGGUGCGGCGGUGUUAAGGUCCGGGCCAAGAGCACAUGGAAAGGGGGUGAGACGCAGCCACCGCCGGGAUGAAGGUCUUCAGCGCAAGGUGCGCCUUCUAUGCUGGAUUUGUGAUAGGAGCCUGCAUGCUGUACGGGUUCCUGCACCAGUGGAGGUUGGAGGGAGCAGCCAUGCCUUCCAGGAUCCUGGAAGAACGAGCAAAUGUAGUGGGGUUGCUGGAAAGCAAAGCCAAGCAAUUGAAGGAGGAAUCCCCCACAUCUGUCAGCAGAAGUCUGCUACACUUGGCAGGGGAGGACCGUCAUGUUGCGGACGAGCUCUACAGCAAGGUCCGCAUUCUCUGCUGGGUGAUGACCGGUCCAAAAAACCUGGAGACGAAGGCGCGUCACGUCAAGGCCACCUGGACGCGGCACUGCAAUGUGGCGGUGUUCAUGAGCUCGGAGGACGACCCGGACUUCCCCACCGUGGGCCUUGGCACCAGGGAGGGCCGCGACCAGCUCUACUGGAAGACUAUCCGGGCCUUUCACUAUGUGCAGGAGAAGCACAGCCAGGACGCCGACUGGUUCCUCAAAGCCGACGACGACACCUUCGUCGUGCUGGAGAACCUGCGCUGGUUGCUGGCGAACCACACACCCGAGGAGCCUGUGUAUUUCGGCAAGCGCUUCAAGCCGUACGUCAAGCAGGGCUACAUGAGCGGCGGCGCGGGCUACGUGCUCAGCAAAGAGGCUCUGCGGCGCUUCACGGAGGGCUUCCGCACCAAGGUGUGCACCCACACCUCCUCCAUAGAGGACCUGGCUCUGGGGCAGUGCAUGGAGAAGAUGGGAGUCCAGGCCGGAGACUCCCGGGACACUCUGAAGCGUGAGACCUUCCAUCCAUUCGUUCCUGAGCAGCAUCUCAUCUCCAAGUUCCAAAAGACCUUCUGGUACUGGAAUUACUGCUAUUACCCCAUUGUUGAGGGUCCCCAGUGUUGCUCUGACCUUGCGAUCUCCUUCCACUAUGUCAACCCGAAUGUGAUGUACAUGCUGGAGUACUAUACCUACCACCUGCGUGCCUAUGGUUACAAGCACCGCUACCGACCAGCCAUGCCGAGCGCCUUAAGCAGGACCCUGAACGGGAGCAUGAGAGAGAACCACUGACAUGGCGGCAUGGUCCCAGAGAACGAUGGAUCGCCCUCCAAACAGGCCGCAGGACCAGCAUGAGUGGUGGCCGGCUCUGUACCUGUGGGGCUGCCACCCCCGGAUUCUGGAACAGUCCGACCCCAUGCAGUGGCUUUGAGCGUCGGGCUCCGCAUCCUCAGUCUUUCUGGCUCGUUUCUGGGUCGGCCGACUGCACAACGACUAACCAAGUGGCCUUGAAGAUUCCACGAUUCUUUUUUAAAAAAAGAUGGUUUUUUUGCCCAUCAACAUUAAUCUAUUUUUACUAUGGAUGGAUUCAUCUGAAGGGGGAGACCAUAUUUUAUGUCUGUUUAAAAAUGAAAAAUCUUAAGGAAUUUUUAUACAGUUUUCAAAAUCUCUUUUAAUUUGGUAUAUAUCUAGGGGGUAAUCAGAUAUUUUAUUAAAAGAAUGAGCUUUAUUAACUAUU